UUUCUUAAAAAUAAAAGACAAAGUUCAUAAAGAAAAACUCAAAUAAUGGAGGAGUGUAGAGGGCCACUGGAUGGUGCAGUUGAAGAGGAGUGAGAAGAGAAGAGUGAGAGAAAGGCAUGGAGAAUCCCAAUGCACAGAGGCAUGGACAGCUGAGCGGUCUGUGGACACUGCCAAUUAAACUAAACUAAAAUUUUCUACUUCAUCUCUCUCUCUCUCUCUCUCUCUCUCUCUCUCUUCAAAGUCUGAUUCAUUCCCCUAUUCACCUACUCCUCUGUCUCUCUAAGCCUCUCUCUCUCUCUCUCUCUCUCACACACACACACACACACACAUCGAAGAGCUAUGAUCUGAGCUAAAAGCAGAUCCAGGGGAGUGGCAUGAGAGAGAACCCUACUGAAAUGUCGGAAGACGACGAGAGAACUCCAGCGGAUCUCGUCGCCGCAGAGGGCGGAGGCAAGACCGAGACGUCUAACAAAUCGCGGAGUUGCGUCGGCGUUCCCUGCGCCGGCGAGUUUCUGUCGCCGUACCCCGAUCAAGUCCUCGAGAACGUCCUGGAGAACGUGCUCCUCUUCCUGACCUCUCGCCGAGACCGCAACGCCGUCUCGCUCGUCUGCAAAUCGUGGUACCGUGCGGAGGCGCUCACCCGAUCCGACCUCUUCAUAGGCAACUGCUACGCAGUUUCGCCUCGCCGCGCGAUCGAGCGGUUUGGAAGAGUGCGGUCGUUGGUGCUCAAGGGCAAGCCUAGGUUCGCCGAUUUCAAUCUGAUGCCUCCGGAUUGGGGUGCGCACUUCGCCCCUUGGGUCUCUGCCAUGGCCGGUGCGUAUCCGCGGCUGGAGAAGGUUUACCUGAAGCGCAUGUCCGUGGCGGAUGAAGAUUUGGCGCUUCUGGCGCAGUCAUUUCCUUCCUUCAAAGAGCUCGUGCUCGUUUGCUGUGAUGGUUUUGGAACCAGUGGACUCGCUGUUGUCGCUAGCAAGUGCAGGCAACUUCGAGUUCUUGAUCUGAUUGAAGAUGAGGUUAACGAUGGUGAUGAAGUGGACUGGAUAUCGUGUUUCCCGGAGAGUGGAACUUGUCUUGAAUCACUCAUAUUUGACUGCGUAGAAUGUCCUAUAAAUUUUGAAGCGUUAGAGCGACUCGUGGCUAGAUCUCCGUCUUUAAAGAAGCUUAGGUUGAAUCGACAUGUUUCCAUUGGGCAGCUGUACCGGCUGAUGAUUCGUGCACCACAGCUCACGCAUCUUGGAACUGGCUCCUUUAGCCCCUCUGACGCUGUGGCUCAGAGUGAUCAGGAACCAGAUUAUACUUCUGCCUUUGCUGCUUGUAGAUCCUUAGUUUGUCUCUCUGGCUUCAGGGAAAUUAUUCCAGAUUAUUUACCUGCAAUCUAUCCAGUCUCUGCUAAUCUCACUUCUCUGAAUUUUAGUUAUGCCAAUAUCACUACUGAACAGCUCAAAUCAGUCAUUCGCCACUGCCAUAAACUCCAGGUUUUCUGGGUCCUUGAUUCGGUUUGUGAUGAAGGACUUCAGGCUGUAGCAGCUGCCUGCGAGGAUCUCCGCGAGCUCAGGGUCUUCCCCAUUGAUGCGCGGGAGGAUGGUGAAGGCCCUGUUUCUGAAGUGGGUCUUCAAGCAAUUUCUGAGGGUUGUAGGAAGCUACAGUCGAUUCUCUACUUCUGCCAGCAAAUGACAAAUGCAGCUGUUAUAGCCAUGUCAAAGAAUUGUCCAGAUCUUGUGGUGUUCCGUCUCUGUAUAAUGGGGCGUCAUCGACCUGACCACGUGACUGGGCAGCCCAUGGAUGAAGGCUUUGGAGCCAUAGUAAUGAAUUGUAAGAAGCUCACUCGGCUUGCUGUAUCUGGUUUACUAACUGAUAGAGCUUUCAGCUAUAUUGGUAAGUAUGGUAAGCUGGUUCGGACCUUGUCAGUAGCUUUUGCUGGAAACAGUGAUAUGGGGCUGAAAUAUGUGCUUGAGGGCUGCCCCAAACUGCAGAAGCUUGAGAUUAGAGACAGCCCCUUUGGGGAUUCAGCCUUGCUUAGUGGCAUUCACCACUACUACAACAUGAGAUUCCUGUGGAUGUCCUCCUGCAGGUUAUCUCGUCAAGGUUGCGAGGAGAUUGCUAGAGCAAUGCCCCGCCUGGUUGUGGAAGUGAUUGAAACUGGGAAUGAGGAGAUCGAUGAUUUUGUCAAUAUAUUAUACAUGUAUCGGUCACUGGAGGGGCCUAGGAAAGAUGCUCCUGAGUUUGUGACAAUCCUGUAGGUGUGUAUUGCAGGAAAUAUACGAAGAUUCCGAUGUUUUUAUUUGUGGCGGUUCCGGAGCAAUGAAGGUACAAUUUUUUUUGGCACAUGGUUCCUGCACUCCAUGUCAAGCAGAGGCUACAGCUGUGUCUGCCCCUGGCGUGGGCUUGCUGGAAUGGCAUUCAACGAGCAGCAACAGCAGGGAGCACUGUAAAGCAAUAAAUUUUCUUCUUUGCAAUUGAGUUCUUGGAGGUGUGGCUUGUAGGAGAAUGGGGGCCCUAAAUGGGGAACGCGCUGAUAGCUGGUAGCUGUGCCCCGGGUGUCACACCAUCCAAUGUUGUUGUAUUGGUACGCUUUUUAAAUUGAUUGUUUUUUUCUUUUGGCUUUCAUAUUCAUUUGGUCAUAAGGACAAAUGACGGCCGCCAAGAUGGUGAGGAGGAGGGAAGGGAGCUGGGGUUUUUAAGAUGCUUCAAAGAUCAAAUAUAUGGCUGUUCUAUCUGACUGCACUGCGGAUCAAAUUGUUCAAUUUGUCUUCCUACCAAGAAGAAAUAGAGAUGGGGAAUGAAGAAGAAUGGGCGCUGGGGAGCUAAUGGAUGAACAAGUGACUUUCUCUUCCAAAGAAUUGGGCCCUUUUAUUUUAAACCCUAGCUAGGUUUUUUUUUUUUUUUUCUUUCUUUUUUCUGCUUUUUUUUUUUUUUUUUUGGGGAAUUUAAUUUAGUUGUACGUAGAUGAAUGAUGAGAAUUGAUGUCCAGAAUGAUAUAUUUA